AUGCGGUUCCUUACAGACCAGCAGGGAGAACAGAAUUCAUGUCCGAGCUUAUAUCUUAUAAGUUUUUCACCUCCAUAUCAAUUCAUAAAAUAUUUAGAUUUUAGGGGUGGAGCUAGUGCUAGCUCUGAUGCAAAUACUAUAUAUGUUUUUGGUGGUUACAGUAGCAAUGGUCCACUUACUAAUACUGAACUUUAUAUAAUGCAAUCACUUCCAACGGGUUCAGUAAUAAUUUAUAUUCAAGAUACGAACUCAACACCAUCCUCUAGAAAAUGGCAUACCUCUGUGAUUGAUCAUACGAAUAAAAAAAUGUAUGUUUGGGGUGGAGAAAAAGUAUUGUACAGCGGACCUAUUAUCACUCAAAGUGACGGAACUAUGUACAUAUAUGAUAUUGAAAAAUCCAUCUGGACUUCAAAUCCCACUCCCAAUCAACCUAUAGGUCGUCAACUUCAUACAGCAACUUUAUUGCCUGAUGGACGGAUAAUAAUGAUUGGUGGUGCUUUUAGUUCAGAUGUAGGACAGACAGCAACAAAGUACGGUUUUAUUCCUCCCAUUGGUUCUCACUCAGCAACUUUAUUACCUGAUAAUCAGAAUAUAAUCAUAUAUGGUGGUGGUAAUCAAACUGAAUAUUCUGGUCUAGCAGUUCUGAAUACUGUAAACUAUGUGUGGACAGUUAUAUCUCCAACUGGAAAUCCACCGUCCGUACUUUCAAAUGCCCAUAGAGCUACACUCUAUUUUGAUGUCAUAAUUUUUGCAUUCGGUGGUUUCUCUAUCAAUAGUUCUCGUUAUCUUAUGGAUACCACAAUAAGAAUUCUCAAUAUCUCAAAUGGUCAGUAUAAAUGGGUUGAUUCAUUCACUCCUCUUCCAACUCUUCCGAAUCCGAAUGUUCAGACCUCAAACGCAAAUUUAAUUAUUAUUGUGUCUACUAUCGGUGAAAAUGCGGUUCCUUACAAUCCAGCAAAGAGAACAGAAUUCAUGUCCGAGCUUAUAUCUGAUAAGGUCUAUUAUUUUGGUGGAUAUGGAGUUAACGGCGCAAUGAAUGAUUUUUUUUAUAUUGACUUGACGCAGCCAUUUUAUAGUUUUUCGCCUUCAUAUCAAUUCAUAAAAUAUUUAGAUUUUAGGGGUGGAGCUAGUGCUAGCUCUGAUGCAAAUAAUAUAUAUGUUUUUGGUGGUUACAGUAGCAAUGGUUCACCUAUUUAUGAACUUUAUAUAAUUCAAUCACUCUCAACAGAUUUAGUAAUAAAUUAUAUUCAAGAUACGAAUUCAACACCAAUUAUGAGAAAAUGGCAUACCUCUGUAAUUGAUCAUACGAAUAAGAAGAUGUAUAUUUGGGGUGGAAAUGAGGCAUUAAACAACAUACCUGACAUCACUCGAAGUGACGGAACCAUGUACAUAUAUGAUAUCAAACAAUCUACUUGGACUUCAAAUCCUACACCUAACCAACCUAUAGGUCGUCAACUUCAUACAGCAACUUUAUUGCCUGAUGGACGGAUAAUUAUGAUUGGUGGAGUCUUUAGUUCAGACAUAGGGCAGCUUGAUGUAUAUGAUACGAAAACUAAUCAAUGGACAAAUAUUGUGGCAACAAAAAAUGGGGUUAUUCCCCCCAUUAGUUUUCACUCAGCAACUCUAUUACCCGAUAAUCAAAGUAUACUUAUAUAUGGAGGUGUCAAUCAAACAGGGUAUCAACCAGGAUAUUCUGGUCUAGCAGUUCUGAAUCUUUCAAAUUUUGUGUGGACAAUUAUAUCUCCGGCUGGAAGAGCACCAUCUUCACUUUCAAGUGGCCACAAAGCUACAUUGUAUUUUGAUGUAAUAAUUUUUGCAUUCGGUGAAUAUCCUUUCAAUAACUCUCGUUAUCUUAUGGAUACAACAGUAAGAAUCCUCAAUAUAUCAAAUGGUCAGUAUAGAUGGGUUGAUUCAUUCACUCCACCUCCAACACAAAACCAAAGUACGAAUAUUCAGAAUCCGAUUGUCCAAACUUCAAACUUAAAUAUAAUUAUUAUUGUAUCUACGAUCGGUGGUAUUGUAUGCAUCGGAAUAUUGGUAUUAAUUGGAUAUAUUAUUCAUAAGAAAAACCGAUCAAAAGAAUUCACAGAUGUAACGGAAAGUAGUAAUGAAAUCAGAUAUGGAACGGAAAGUAAUAAUGAA